AUGGCCGAGGCCCCCAGCGAAAAGCUUUUGGAUCGCCUGCCGCGCUACAAGUUGGAACGGGACGAAAUCGAGCAGCUGUGGCUCUCCGUGCGUGAUUUGAUGCGCGAGAACCAACCGCGCACCGCCCGCGAACUCGUCUUCGCCUUUCUUGGAGCCAUCACUCUUCGCCUUGACGCUGAUCUUCAAGCCUUUCGGGGCCACUUUCUUCAAGUGUUGCGCAACCAUGAUGUCCCGGAGGAUGCCGGCAUGAUUGUUCGUGUGCUUACAAUCAUGACUCGAGGCCUGGUGCGCCACCACUUUAACAUCUUGCACCACGCCACUGCCCGUGAACUGCUCUCCAACAUGUGUACCACCUGCCAGGAAUCGGCUGUUCAUGCCUAUGGCGCCGAAGCCGCCAUGGUUCGCGCGCAAUCCCUGCGUGGCACCGUCAACAUUCUCUCACGACUGGCCUGGCGCGAUCUAGAGGUGCAAAACAUUAGCAUAGCGCCACAGCUGGUGCUGCCUUCCUUCCUCCCUCUUGUCCGUGCCGAGCUCAGCGGUGUCGUGUUUGAAAUUGUCUUGUCUGUACGCCAUCUGAUGGAGCGACGCAAGCGUCUCUCUGGCACCGCGUGGUCAGCCGUGUUCAAAAUCUGCUUACAUGCCAGCAAGUGUUUGCCCUCAGUGCAAGAUGCCAACCUGCAGUUUCAAUUGACGAUCAACCACGUUGUGCAAUGGGCCCGGCAGCUCCUUGAACAAGACCGAUUCUUGGGCGAUGUCGAGGACAUUUACCGCAUGCUCGAACUGAGCAACAUCAAACAUGACGUGGCCGAGGCCAUGGAGUUUUAUGUUCUCCGCCUCAGUCCACUGCAUGCCGACUGGCUCUAUCGUGCCGAGCUUUUCAUCAACAGCUUCAUUGUUCGUGAGAAACGACGCGCAAUUCGGCUCAAGGCCAUUGACCAUAUGAGCCGCGUGGUUCAAACUAAUGCCUUUGUUUACGAUCAGCAACUCUUGCACGGUCCCAUUCGAAAGCACCUGAGCCACCUCUAUCAAGAGCCCGACGUUGCGAUACAGAAGCGUUUGAUCGAAUUCUUCACGGAGAUUGCUCGAGCUGCCGAGGAGUGCUUCCCAACAUGCAUGGAGAUUCUGGAACAGGGCUUUGAUCUCAUUUUGGACAGCUCUCGUCGCCCACCAGCUGCCGGUGGUGGUGAUGGCAUAGUUUCUACUGAUCUGACGACUAGCGAAACAAGCAACUCAACACGUGGCCGCGAGGACGUAACCAACAACGACGUGCUGACCACAUUUGUCCAAUGCUUGGUCAGCCUCGCAACUUACAAGUUUGCGCGGGGCCCGAUUCACGAGUGGGUCCGGCCUGCGCAGCUUUUAGUACAGUACACGCGGUUUGUGCUCUCGCAACGCCAACUGCGCAGUCCAGAGUUUGCUAUUGGUGCUCUGGGCGAUACAAGUGACACCAACUUGGAGGUACACGCGGCAUACGACGACAUGGACUGCCCCCCAGCACUGUUGGCGGCCUUUGAUUUCUUGUCCAACCUGCGAUGGGAUCCUGGGCUACGCGUAUACUUGACGCCCGAGAUCCCCGCCAACCUGUCCAGCAUUUUCAUGGUCCCCACUCAGGAAGCCCUUCGACAAACGGCCGUCGAAAGCGAUAUUGUGCCCAUGAUGCGCGCCGUCUUUGACAUUCUUAGCAACUGUAUCAUGAAAAUUGUGCCCUUUGAGCUCACGCGCCGUGCAGCUGCGGCCUUGUGUGACAUGCUUACCUUGACCCAAGUGUUUCAUCUUCACCUCAUCGAUGCCGAUCGACUGGGCCACGCUGUCAGCAAGGCUGUCUUGCACUUUAAAGACCCUGUCAGUGCAGGUUACCUUGCCCUGCAUAGCCGGGAGCGUGAUCAGGUUUUUAGCAUCUUGCUCGAGUGUUUGCGACGACACCUACCUGUGCCCACACCCAUGUCCGAGACAACGCGUUCGCGUAGCUCGACCCAAACAACUCCCAGCAAAGGCCAUGAGCAGAAGGGGGGUGGACGACUGAGCGGCGCCGAUCGUGAUCCACGCAUGUCCGCGGGCGACGUCCGGGCUUCCAGUGGCACCUCUGGUGCUCCGGUAGAUGUGCCACAGGGCGAGAACGGAACCAACUCCAACGCCAGUGGCAGCGCAUCUUCGGAUACCACAGCUCACAUGCCUGCAUACAUGCGCAUGCUCACGCUCCAUGUACUAUCUUUGUGGUACGUGCGCAGUCCUCUCAAUGACCGCGCGACAUAUGCCAAAGCGAUCUCCGAUGCUUUGAUCGAUAUCGAGCAUGGCAAAACAGUGGCGCUGCGCAUGUCAAAUGAAGGCCAAGUACUGCUGCAGCUGCUCGGUCGCUACAUGUACUCGGAUCAUAUCGACGCCUAUUCCCAGGCAUUGCCGCCAGAUGUAGAAAGCCUCUUCCGGAUGAAAAAUGCCUCCACCCUAUCCUACCUACCCUCAGAUACACACGUGACCUACUGGCGGCACGGCAACGUGCUAGUUACCGCGCGCUGUAGCCCUUCAGGCUGGAUGGAGAUGCGUCUGCGAUCAAGCGUGGGCACAGUGGCUUGGAUUACACGCAUCAUGUCCAACGUGGAGCCGGUACUUCAGGGCAGCUCUGCUUUGGAUGUUUGGCUCAAAUCGCUAGGACCCGACUUGGUUAGCCACCUCGAAUCCCUUCAAGAAGAGAGCGGUGAUGUCUUUGAGGAGGGUGCGCGGCGAGGUGCCCCAGGACCAGCGAGUGGUGCCAACAGCGGGAGCGGCGUCAGCCCGAUUGUCAACUCGCUCAACGUCCUCGAUCUGAACCCGAGCAUUCUGAGCGCCUCGCCGAGUCGAGUCGAGCAGCGGCCGGCCCUCAAAGUGGCUGCACAAACGCAGACGCCGGCGGUGUUUCCCGGCGACGUGCUCAAAACAUUGGAUGAGCCUUUGCCCGCGGUAGUCGAACACAACAAAUUACGUCGCGUGCACAGUGCCUUGCCUGCAGCUGACCCCGUUUUUACCUUCGGCGCUGGCCUCUCUUCUGAGGCUGAGACUACCGGUGGGCCUUUGAUGCGUCGUCCACUUUUGCGCAGUGGUACGCUGCAGCCAUACCAGGGCCUCAGUGCCCCUAAUAGCCCCAUCUCUCGUCGUCGAGUGCUCUCCAACUCUGCGAUUAGUGAAUUCAUGGGCACUGACGACAAUGAGGAUGCCGACAGUGCAAACGGGGACGAUGAUGUUACGACCAUUGCGGACCUGAACGAACAUGAGGGUAGCAGUGACGCAAAUGAACAUGCCGAGGCCGAUGAGCUGGAGGAGCAUGCUGUGGGUGAGACUCUGGCAUCGGCGCGCCGUAGGCGCCUCAGUCUCAGUCGCAUGGACCGAAGCAGUGCAGCACCAAGCAGCAACAACCUGGUUCAUCGGCGUCAGGUAUCCAUCACACCUCUUAAUCUCAGCAUGGUGCCCUCUCGCGGCCUAUUGCCACCCCGUUCACGAAGUGUGAGCCAACGCUCGGCCCUGCAGACCGAUCACAGCAACAUGGCAUCACCCGCGUCCGAACACUAUCCAGAGAACACGGAUGCGCUGGACGUGAUACCCCUGGGUGAGGCAGACUUUGAGGAGCAAAGCCGAAUUGUGCGCGAGGCCGCUAUGCAACGUGAGGACACAAACGAACCCGUGGCUUCCUCCUUGCCUGGGUCCCUGCCGAUGGCAUCUGCGCUGGACAUGACCCGCCUGCAAAGAGCACAACUUGCUCGCAAUCUAGAGGAAAAUUUGAGCGAAGAUCCAUCAGUGCCAGGAUCGCCAACCCCGAGUCGAGGCCUUCGUGCUAGCUCGCUGGAAGGGCCUGCAAGCGCUCCUGCUGUGCCCGAGGCCACGCACCCCGCCUUUGAUCCAAUCGUAAUGCGGCGUGCGGGUGAUGAGCUUAAGGAUCAUUCACCUGGUGCGGUGUCACCAGCACCGAGCACCGAGGCGGACACCGUCGAGCCAUCCGACACCAGUGGCUCAAUGGCCCCCACUCGCACCAGCAGCACGCGCAUUGAUGGCUAUGGAGGCGUGACCAGCGCUAGCACGACCGCGCCACCCACCACCAAGCCCUCUGUUAGCAGCUCUGAGCAAGAUGCCGACGACAAAGCUUUGUCCAAUGACAACAAGGACACCGAUGCCUCUGCUCGCGGUGAUGCAAACAAAUCCGCACCUCUGCGGUCGGACCCCCACAAUACCGCAGACAAGGCGCCGCUUCUGUCCGACCUGCCGCUACCCAACGAUCGUCCUUUGCCCUUGGCGAAGAACACAGAUCGCGCUCGGGGCGGCACGGAACCCAGAGAGGAACUUGAAACUUCUCCCAGAGAAGCGGUGGUCACCUCCAUCAUCUCCAAGGGCUCAACGCGCUUUGAUGCACCACAGGUACGGCAGCAAGCAAAGGCGGCCUCUGAGGAAGAAAAGGAAUCGGCCCCCACCAAGGAGCUUCGCAAGGCCCCCAGCAAGUUGUCGGCCAUCCGCACAGCGGCGGCCGUUCCAACUCGCGAUUCAAUAUCCAACUCGCCAUCGCCAGUCUCACCGUCGGAUGACCGGCGCAAACAAAAAACUGCCUCUCAAGAACUGGACGAUGUGGCCGAAGAAUCUACCUCGGGCGUUGCACGAGCGUCUUCGACCGCCGCGACCCGUGCUGUCGAGUCUACAGAUUCAGGAAACAACGUUGAUGAAACGUCGAGCAACGCUCUCGCCGGCGAGGCUGAACUUGGCUCAAAAACCUUGGCUUUGCUUCAGGACCCUGUGGUCAAUGAUGUAACGGGACUUGCGCGUCUCAAUGAUCAAGGCGCUGCGGCCCCGCCACGUCACAGCUCCCUAGACAGUUCGCUUCUCGAGGCCACGCGGCGCAAGGUGCGCGAGCAGCAAAUGGCUUCAAAGCGCUAUUCCGAGGGGAAGAUUCAGUCCGGCCAUGCACGCGAGACGGGGGACAUUCCCGAGAGCAAUGAGAAGAAGACCACGGGCCGAGGUCAACGAGGACGCCGUCGCUCUUCGACCAUCGCCGCGCAUCCGCAGCUAGCGAUUGCACAGGAACUGCUCGACAAGUUUGAUUUGCAGGCUGAGGAUGCGCGCAAGGAGAGUGACAUCGUCCUCUCGAGCUCCCUUAUCCGCUUUGCCUUCUCCAACACGCGAAUGCCUCCUUAUCUGCUGGAGAGCGAUUCGCUCUUGGCGCUGCAGCGUGCCGCACCUCCUAAUAGCGGGGAUGGACAUGCCGAACCUGCGCGUCGCACACGACCCAAGGACUCGUUCACGCCUGCACCCACUAACACGGCGUUUACCGAAAAGCUUUUUGACCACAAUCAGAUUACCAUUUCACAAAACGCGUUUGAAAACUCGGAGCUGUAUGGCGCCCUUCAGCUCUUAGAUCGGACGCCUGCGUUGGAGACGCACAAGAUUGGCGUCGUGUAUGUGGCACCCGGACAAGCCUCGGCUCCAGAGAUUUUACGAAAUCCGUGCGGCUCGCUGCGCUACACACAGUUUCUCGAGGGUCUUGGGAAUCUGAUUCGGCUGAGGAAUGCCUCGGAGUACUGCGGCGGCUUGGAUACAAAGGAGGAUCGUGAUGGUCUCUUUGCUUAUGUUUGGAAGGAUGCGUUGACAAGCGUCGUCUUCCAUGUGGCAACACUCAUGCCGAACCUCGAGCGCGAUGAGAAGUGCAUGAACAAGACUCGCUUCAUCAGCAACGACCAUGUGACUCUGGUGUUCAAUGAUUCGCAUCAGGAAUUUGAUCGUGACUGGCUUCCAGGCGCUGUCAACUUUGUUUUUAUUGUCAUCGAGCCAUUGGAUUCCUUGAACUACCGAGUGUCUGUGCAUAUUCGCAAGGGCAUGGAGAAGUUUGUGGCCGUGUCCAGUCAUCGGAUUGUGAGCACCGAAUAUGCGGCUAUUUACGUGCGGCAGGUGGCCAUGCAUGCCAAUCUGGCCGUUUUGGCCCACCGAAAGCAACCCACCACUUUUUUGGAUCGCUUCAAGCAGAUUGAGCGUAUUUUGGAGCGCUUUGGUGUUCCGUUUCCUGACAAUUGUAACCCAGCGCAUGUUGCAUGGACGUUGUUACCGUAAAGGGUGGCUUGCAUCUUGACCUUCGAGCUUGAACAAGGCUUAUCUACCUUGAUCGAGCGUCCGCUGGUCUACCUGCAGAGCCUUCCGAUUUGUUUUUUGUUUUUUUGUUUGUUUUUUUGCUUGUCUGCUUGCCCAUCAUGACUUGAAACGCGGGCCGUGCCCGUGACCAUACAUUCAAGGUCCUCAAGUCAUCAUGGGGGGGAGCAUUGGCUGGCACAGCCAAAGUCCUCCCCGUUGUGUUUGUGUUGUGCGCCCAGUGGGAGCUGAUGGGUUUAGAGUGACCCAGACGAAUUAACACUACAUAAGAUUC